CAAUAACCGUCUGCGGUUGAGGCCUAAAGCCUCAAAAAUUUUAGGCAACUCCAUGAAAUGGUAUUGAAUGCCUUGAAUUGUCAUAACACGUGUUGCGGUUGAACCCAUAUUGGACCCUCAUUUACUCCAAAUCCUAAUGUCUUCCUGUCAGGCUUGAGCAUACAGCAGCAAAUACGAGUAUGACAAUGUCUCAGGUGGACGUGAUGUGGACAUCACGUAAGGUGCAAUCUAGAUUAUUGUAUUCUCUUCGAUGUGAAUUUGCCGUGAGGCUACAGCUAUUUGGGCGGCAAAGGGGACAAGUAGGUACAUACCAUAGCCAUUUGUUAAUUCACCAAAAGGGUCUGGCACAACACGGAUAAAUUUCUAGAUAUGUUAAGGCGAUUACUUGCCGUUGUUGGGAAGAACAAACCGAUAACUUAAGCCUUGAAACCAAUAUUGGACCCCAAGCACCCAAGAUCUGAUAUAUAUCCCGUAGGCCCGCUUAGGCUCUGUUUCUGGCACACUUAACUUGAUCUACUCCCACCAACCCACGAAGAGUUAAACCAGCUUGUCCGAGAUGGCUAAGAAGAAGAAGAGUAAAGGAGCGCGUCCACCACCACCCCAAGGAAUCCAGACUCCUAAUACCAGACCUCCCCAAAUUACACCACCUCGAGAAGCCUCACCACCCCAUUCUAUUUCACAACCCACACAGAUUAAACCUCAACAAGCCACACCUCCCCGAAAUAUCACACCUCCUCGGGAGCCUACACCACCUCGAGACCCUACACCCCCGAGAGCGCCGUCGCCACCAAGAGUAGCCACACCUCCCAGAGAGGCUACGCCGGCCCCUUCUACUGUACCGGAGCUCUAUCACGCGACAGAAGAACCCCUUCCUCCUUCUCCCGAACCGAGAGAAUAUUCGCAGACCGAAGAUAAUUAUGCCAAUUACAGAACCGCAGAAGAAGUCCCCGAAGACUGGCAUAAUGGCUUCGAUGACAAAGAAAGUCAAGUCGCUCUUAUCGAUUCGAGCCUUACGCGCUUUUCUUUCGAAGACAGUGACCACGUCACCUCCGAGGUACCAGCUGCUGAUUUCAAAGCCGGCUCGACGCAUUCCGCUGAUGAGGGCUAUGAGCAUGUCAGUUCCGAGCCGCAACAAUUUACUGAAGAUCAACCCCAGCCUACUACUGAAGACCAAACCUUAGUCGAAGAGCAGGCUCCUAUCGAAGAAGAUCCAACCCAGGAGUUGCCCGCAGAGGAACUACUCCUAGAGGAACCAUUUAAGGAACAGGUCUUUGACUUCCAACAAUACGACCAACUACCUCGCAUCUCCCCUCCUAAUAAACACCUAAGGCCUCAUAACGUAUUCAAGUUCGACCUUGAAGCACUUGUUGGGGCUAUCCAGAAUGGCUACUCGGCGGCGGAGUUACGCGACUAUCUAAGCUAUUACCAGAAGGUCGACGAUGCACUCCUUAAGGAGAACCUCAAUGCAGAAGUUAGCGGGUUCCCAGCCAUAUUCUUCAUCGCCGAGACCAACGAUGCAGAGCUUCUCCGGCUUUGGAUCAAAUACGGCGGUGAUCCGAACGCGACUCACGGACCUUUCGAUUUCCCCCUAUUGGCCUUCGCGAUCUUGCGCGGCUCUCGAUCACGUCUAGAAGCGACCAAGGUUACCGAGACAUUGCUGAGGCUAGGCGCAUCGGCACCUCUAUCCAUCCCCGUAGUAUACUACCUCCCGUACAACCGCGACCUUUCGGAGUUUGGUCCUAGAGAGGAAGAUAUACCCGAGAUUGCGGAGGGCCAGAAACUUUGGUGCACUCCAGAGAUACGGUCGAAGUUGGUUACUGCGCUGAGCCUAACGCAACGAUACCGACUCUGGCAAGCGACAUUCCUAGAGCCAGCUUCAGGUCGUCAACGAACCUUGGCUUUGCGAAAGGACGCCGAAGAAGUUCUCGGACUCCAACAAACCAUCAUCGGGCAGCGACUAGCAGCAUGGUCCCUAACGAAGAGUUUCCUUGUACACCUCGCUAUGCCGAGCAAGAAGCCUCUGGUGCUCAUUUUCGCAGGACCCAAAGGACACGGUGAGCGCCAACUCGCGAAGCGACUAUCGAAUCUUCUAUCCUUGGAGCUUCAAUAUGUCGACUACGCUCAGUUGGAGAGUGAUGACGAGCUUUUUGGUCCCAAGUCGCCGGCCGAAGGUUACGAGUUUGGUUCACCUUUGAACAACUUCCUCGCCGAAAAGACGGGACAGCGAAGCAUUGUGUACAUUGAUGGGUUCGAUAAGACGUCCGAGGAAGUUCACAAGACACUCUUGAUUCCGUUCGACCGAGGCGAGUACAUUGACCGACGAAACGGCGAGAAAAUCGAUUGCUCCCAGACCAUCUGGAUUCUGGUAACGAGCAAAUUCGACGACAUCAUCGACGAAAACGACAACCUACUCCGCGACUUCGACCAACGAUCGCAGCACGAUGUAGUCAGGCGACAGCUAAGCCGCAGCCUUCGAGGGGAAUACAUAGCUAGCUUCGGGGCACCGCUAGCGAGUCGGAUCACCGAAACGAUUCCGUUCCUAACAUUUAGCGAGAACGAGCGUGCGAUAAUUGCCGAUAGGUGCAUCAUGGAACUCGAAACCGUAAUUGCGGCGCCAGCUGUGAUUUCGGAGAACCCCGAUGAGGACAAACCGGUCGGCAACGUGCAACUCCAGAUCGUGAACAACGCCAGCGUCUGCUCUAUUAUUGCGAAUGAAUACUACCUACCUGAGCUCGGAGCAGACAGCAUCGCUCGUGGUGUUGACGCGGCUAUUGCCAACCCGGUAGUAGGCCAGUACUUAGAGGGAGACGAUUUCGGCGAGGACCAAGCCGAGACCAGGUUUACAGUCGGAACGAAUGAGGAGAAUGAAGUGGAAGUAUUACCCGUGCCUACUAACACGGAUUACCCUAACGACCUAGGGUCUAGGUAUUAUUAAUAAUUGGCCUUCAUACGUAAAAUGGUGUCUGGUAUCGUUGGUACUAUGAUGUAUUGUUGAUGGUUGUUUUAUUAGAGAUGGAAUUGGGAGGGGAAAGUUAUGGGGGAUUUAGGUGGCUGUCAUUCACUAAAAAAUUAAUUUCUUUUGUCUGUAACCCAACUGUAUAUAGGUAUUGGUAUUAAUACCGAGGAAUUUCAGGAUCGCGAUUA